UGUGUAUUGCAGUAAGAAUUGUUAGUGAUCCUGGUUUUGCUACCCUUAAACUGAAUGUUGUAGUUGUUGCAUUCCCAUGAAUACGUAAAGAACAUAGAACAAUGAGCGUGACUAUACAAUUAGGGAAAAAGUAUAAGAAGUAAGUAGGUAGCAAAGGAUAUUAACAGUGGCGGUUGUUAUAGGAAUAAGGCCUAUGGAAUUUUUAAGCAGUAGCUGUUGAAACGUCUUGGUGUAAAGUUGUAAGCUAAAACGGUGUUUUUAAAAUUAUAGAAUAUUCUAGUGUGAAUUUUUAUUGGACUUUUAAAUAAUAAAAUUGUAAUAUUUUAUUCUAAAAAGAUUUAAAAUGAUAAAAUUACCUCCUAUGCCGGUAAUGAUUGGCUCGGCACAAAAGUUUCAAGGUAUACCAGAGCCCGGAGAUAAUAACAAUCGUCCACUAAUGGUUAAUGCCUGGUCACAAACUACCAGCGAUGAUUUCUCUUAUUUAUACGAAAUCGAAAACCGGGAAAAACAAUCACAAAGAGAAAAAGAAUUGGAGGAAAAAAUAAGAAUACUUGAGGAAAAUCUUAAGGCCCACACGGAACUAUUGACACAAAUACAUGCCACAUCUGCCAGAACAACAGCAUUAUUGUCACAACAGACUUCAACAACUCAACAGUACAAUAACAGCAAUGUUAGUUUUAAUAGUCCGAACAUCACUAACAUUAACAAUACUACCACUACGAAUAGGCCGUCUCCACAAUUAAGUCCCAAAAUUGUUAAUGCCUUAAAUCCCCUACAACAAGUUAGCUGUUCUCCUGCCGAAAGUGUUAAAUAUACGAUUAUAGCUGAAGGUACUGGAAAUGAUAACGGUGAACCUAUAGAAAUACAAUUGGCCGAAGAUGAUGGAGCAUUAAAUUUAAAUAGUUCAGCUGAUUCAGGACGUUUAGAAAUUUGUUUGGCUCCCGAAGAAAACAUAGAGAUUAAGUCAGAAUAUAAUAAUGGAAAUAAUGCAAUGAAAACACAGCAACAGGUGGCUGCUGCACCCACACUGGAUACAACUCCUAGUGAACAUCAUUUUAUAAAAAGGCGUAAACUGGCAGCAGAGCAACUGGAAGAGCUCAGCACAACUUCAAACUAUAGCCAUCAUGAUCAAACUAUUACGUCUUUUAACAAUGUACCACAAAAAUUGCCUGUACAAAAACGUCGCAGUAGUGGUAAUAGUUUACUUAAAACACCUAAAGUCCAAAUAAUCAAUAAUAUACAAACCAACGCUCCCAUGCAAGAUAUCAUUCCCUCGCCCACAAACAAUAGCAAUUCAUCAUUUAACAGUGCAAAUGGCGAUACAAGCAUGAUUGGCAUAGAUGCGGAUAAUGUAAUGGUAUCCAUAGGACCCAACAACACCCGUAUACCAGCUAAGCUUUACGAAAACAUGAACUGGUCAUCGGCCUCGAUCGCAACAAGAAAACUCUUAAUGGCCAUAUUUGAUCGCAGUGUCUUGGCAACACAUUCAAUGACGGGCAAACCAUCGCCGGCCUUUAAAGAUCAUGGCAAACCCAUAAAACAACAAUUGGAUCCUCUAAUAGUAGCCGAUAUUAUAUUUGCCGUAACGCGCAAAUGUAAGGCUUCCGAUAAGGAAGUACGUAAUGCCAUCACCACGAAAUGUGCCGAUGAAAAUAAGAUGAUGAAAUUACAAAUGAAUAAGCGCACACCAAUGAGGGAAAUGAAUAAGGAAAAUAUGAUGGGUUAAUAUUUUUUAAAAUCAUAGAUUUUAAAAAUAAUAAAAUUAAUUAAUUUAAUAUAAUUUCCAAAGAAUUUUAAUAAUUAACAAAAACGAAA